GCAACUUUGUUGUUAAUUCACAACGAAGAGCAGAUAGCGUUAUUCAAGAUGUAAACAAUUUAGAUAUAAGGGGAGCAAUGUAUGUAAUCGAUGAGGAAAUUCUCCCAAAAUUAUUAUUAUGGAUUGCAUUCAAUGAAUAAAAAUUGUGGGGAAAUGAAGAAGAUAUUUUAAUAUUUUUUUGCUCGCAUUAACUCGUUUACGUGACAGUGUUCCGAGACGACCACUUUUCGACGAUUCUAUCUCAUUAAGGGGAGAUGAGCGCAUUUCCGGAAUUCUUCACCCUUGAUUCGACCUUGAUUUUCGCCAUAUUAGAUGGUUGUUGAGGAUGUUGAUAUUAUGUGAAGACUGGCAGCAAGCAAUUCCUGAAGAAAAAAUCAUCUCUCUUUGCAUCUUCUGCUCAUUCUGUUAGCAAUUUCUACAGAGGAUGGAAACUUCUGUCGAAUCAAAUGUAAAAGAUGUCAUUAGUGAUCUUUGCGUUGAGACAUUUAGCUCUGAUACGAAUGUGCAAAUUCUAAUCAACUCAGAUAAAAAAGCUAAAAAAGAGCAUUUUCAAACUGGUGCAAAUGAAAAGCGAUAUCCAUGUAAUGUAUGCACAAAGGAAUUUUCUCUUAACAAUAGUUUCAACCUGCAUUUAUGUACUCAUAUUAAUCAAAAGCCACAUUCAUGCCAUUUAUGCGGGAAAAAUUUUUCGCAGAAAAAUGUUUUAAUGAGACAUUAUCGAAUUCAUACAAAUGAAAAAUCCUAUUCUUGUGAUGUAUGUAAUAAAAGUUUUUUUGAAAGAUAUCAUUUGAAUGAGCAUUAUCGAACUCAUACAAAUGAAAAACCCUAUUCUUGUGAUCUUUGCAAGAAAGAAUUUUCUUUCAAAAGUAAUUUCAACCUUCAUUUACGUUCUCAUACAAAGGAAGAAUCUUUUGUUUGUGAUAUAUGCAAUAAAGAAUUUUCUCAGAAACGUUAUUUAAAAAAACAUUAUGGAACUCAUACAAAUGAAAAAUCUUAUUGUGAUGUAUGUAAUAAAAUAUUUUCUGAUAAAUAUCAUUUAAAAGAGCACUAUCGAACUCAUACAAAUGAAAAACCCUAUUCUUGUGAUAUUUGCAGGAAAGAAUUUACUCAGAGAAGUUAUUUGGUUAAGCAUUGUCGAACUCAUACAAAUGAAAAACCUUAUUCUUGUGAUGUGUGCAAUAAGAAAUUUUCUCAGAAAGGUGAUUUAAAUGUACAUUUUCGUAUUCAUUCAAAUGAAAAGCCAUAUUCUUGUGAUGUAUGCAAUAAAGAAUUUUCUCGGAAACAGCAUUUAAAUAUUCAUUAUCGAACCCAUACAAAUGAAAAACCUUAUUCUUGUGAUGAAUGUAAUAAAAAGUUUAUUAACAAAAGUAACUUAUAUGUACAUUUGCGUACCCAUACAAAGGAAAAAUCUUGUUUGUGAGGUAUGCAAUAAAGAAUUUUUUCAGACACGUUAUUUAAAAAAACAUUAUGGAACUCAUACAAGUGAAAAAUCUUACUCCUGUGAAGUAUGUAAUAAAAAUUUUUCUUGGAAAGAUAAUUUAUAUAAGCAUUCACUUAAUAAAUAGCAAAAACCUUUUAUUAAUAUGUAUGUUUUAAGGCAUUUUAUAAUGUAUUCUUUCGUCAAUUUAGUUUAUAAUGUAUGUAGUAAAAGCAUUUUCAGUAAAAACUAUAUCUGAAUAGACAUUACUGUUUUUGUGCAAACGGAAAAAUAUUAUUAUAAUAUUUAUAUUAAAUUUACAUAAUAUGUUUUAAUAAAGAUUUUUUAAUGAAGCAUUAUUAUAUUGGUAAACAUUUCAAAGAACUCUGUGUUUAUGAAAUUUUUGUUUCCCUGAGAGCUGAUAAUUUUAAAGCAAAUAUUCAUCAGUGUAAUGAAAUGAUGAAUUUGUCGCUUUGUUUUCUGAUAUGCUUGGAUUCCAGAACUGAAUGAAAUCUUUCUCUUUGAUGAUUUACUAGAUAAUUUAGAUUUCUUUUACUAGAAUAUGUUUCUCAUAUUUAAAGAAGUUUUUACAACUUUAAAGAAAAUUUCUCAUAAUCAUUAUUUUUUACAGUUAAUCAAAUUUUUCAACAGAAAUUUUUGAAAAAAUUCUAAAUGUUUAAUAUAAAAUUAUUUUAGUCAUUUAGUUUUCUUAAUUCUUAUGUUAUAUGAAGUGCCAUUCGUCCUUUAAUGCAUUCAAUGAUAUGUUAGGAAUAUUUUCACAUAUGUUCACUGAAAGUGGAAUAGCUAAAAAUGUAUGUUAGGCCGCACAAAAAUGUCGUACCUUAUUUGUUAAGGAAUACCUCCAUGAAACUGACAGUAGUGAAACCUGCAGAAAUUCUUGUCCAAAUUCAUGAGUUGGCAAAAAGGGAUAAAUAAAUAAAUAAAU